AUGCAGGUUUCAGAAAUUGAUAAUGUUAAAAUAUACAAUCUUAGCGCUGGAAAGUCCUUACCUGAUUGGUUAACCGAGAAAAAAAAGCGAGCUCUUCUAAAGAAAAAUGUUGACCUUAGAAGGAGAUUAGAACUGAUUCAGGAAUUUGACAUGCCUGGUGUGAGCACAAGUAUAAGAGCUUCGAAAGAUGGGCAAUAUAUUAUGGCCACAGGAAUUUACAAACCAAGGAUUAAAUGUUAUGAUGUGAACAAUUUAUCUUUGAAGUUUGAGAGAUGCUUAGAUUCUGAAGUUGUGACAUUUCAAAUUUUAAGUGAAGAUUACAGUAAGAUUGUGUUUUUACAAUGUGACCGAUAUGUUGAGUUUCAUGUUGGACAUGGAAGGCACUACAGGCUUAGAGUUCCACAUUUUGGUAGAGAUAUGACCUAUCACCGACCCUCUUGUGAUCUUAUAGUUGUGGGUGCUUCAAGUCAAGUAUACAGGCUAAAUUUGGAAUUAGGACAAUUUCUAGCUCCAUAUGUGACUAAAGCAUCAGAAAUUAACUGUUGUUCUGUAAAUGAUGAGCAUGGCCUAUUAGUUUUUGGUACAGAAGGUGGCCAUGUGGAAGCAUGGGACCCCCGCACAAAGUCGCAGCAGGGUAUUCUUGACUGUGCUUUACAUUGUUCAGAUGCUGAUUAUAGAAACUCAAGUGUGCCUUCCAUAACAGCUGUAAAGUUUAACGGGGCUUUAGAACUGGGUGUUGGAACGUCAUCAGGUCAUGUGUUGCUGUAUGAUAUCAGAUCAAGCAAACCAUUAUUAGUGAAGGAUCACAUGAACGAAAUUCCCAUAAAAAAUAUAGAAUUUCACAAACAAAUGAACUAUGUAUAUUCCAUGGAUGCUAAUAUUGUUAAAAUAUGGGACAAAAGUACAGGCAAACAAUACACUAACAUUGAAUCAUCUGUAGACUUUAAUGACCUUUGUGUCAUUCCAAACACGGGAUUGUGCAUGAUGGCUGUUGAGGACCAAAAAAUGCAAAUAUAUUAUGUUCCAUCGCUAGGUCCUGCUCCCAAAUGGUGUGCCUUCUUAGACAAUUUAACCGAAGAAAUGGAGACUUCAGCUUCUCAAACUGUCUAUGAUGAUUAUAAGUUUGUCACCAAACAGGAGUUAGAGUCUUUGGGACUGGGCCAUCUUCUUGGAACCAACCUUUUAAGGGCAUAUAUGCAUGGAUAUUUCGUAGAUGUGCGAUUGUACAAGCGCGCCAAAUCAAUUGCGGAACCCUUCGCUUUUGAGGAAUACAAAAAACGGAAGAUCAGAGAAAAAAUCGAACAAGAGAGACCUUCAAGACUUAAAGUGGAUGACAAUUUGCCUAAAGUUAACCGUGAUCUCGCCUCUCGCUUACUUGAACAAGUUGAUAGACCAAAGAAGAAACAAGCCGGCAAUUUACUUCAAGAUGAUCGGUUUAAGGCCUUAUUCGAGAAUCCAGAUUUCGAAGUAGACAAGGAGGCAGAAGAGUACCGCUUGCUGAAUCCAGUGCUUGCCCGUUUGGAUAAGAACAAGGCGAAAUCAAACAGCGAGACCGAAAUCCAGGUACAAAACGACGACGACGAAGAAGAUUCCGAUCGUGAGCUAUACGAAUCCAGUGGCGACAGUUCAGAUGAAGACCGCACCUGGGUGAAAGAAGUCAAGAAACAACACAAAAUAAUUCGAAACAAAAAACAGGAAUCGGAAGACGAUGGUGCUAGCAAAGAGAAGGUUCCCGAAUUUAAUGUUGCGCCAAAGGCUUUUAAUAUAAAGAGCAUGAUGCAAGUGAGCAAGAAGAGUUUAGGGGAUCGACUUAACAAGGAAGGCACCAGUAUCGUUACUGGAUCCGGAGGGAACAAAGAGAUGAAGUUCAUCAUGAGAGGAAAGAAACCCUUCUCAGACAAUCAAAAGAAAAUGAAAAAACACCACGAAGAGAGAAAACAAAUCGUUAGACGAACAGGGUUUCUAAAAAGAAAGAAACGUUAA